UAUUUGAUUUUAGAAUAAUUUGGUAGAGGAGUUCAAGCUCAGCUUAAUGACUGAAAGGUGUACAUGUCCCGAGGCUGCAAGACAAGCCCAAAUUAUCAGCCCUCCACCACUGUGCUUCACAAUAGAUAUGAAGUUUUGUGCUGAUAUGCUGUGUUCAGUUUUCUGCUGCAGUGGAUUAUGGACAAACAUCACCAGACGUUGUUCCACAGGUUUCCAGACAGAAAAGAGGUUUUCUGCUGACAGCCUUUCUAAACACUUUUCUUCAAAAUUUGCCUUCAUGAAGUUUAACAUUUACUUUCCUAACUGAGCCCUGUGGAGUCUGAGACGUAAAUCUUGAGUUUCCUGAGGCUUCCCCGCGCAUUGUACCGAAUUUGCUGUGGAGACUGUGGCAUUGUGUUAACACAAGCCUGCCAAAGCCCUGCUUUUACAGAGGCGCUUGCACUGCUGAUGAUCAGUUAAUCAAAUCCAUUUGAUUAGCAGCACCUGGCUGCUGCCCUAACCUCGUAAUUCCUAUGAAAACAGUCAGUGUGUACAGAGUUUUGUAAAAAGUUUCUUCUUUCUUCUUUUUUUUCUGCCCGUCCAAUAUUUACUACUGCACCUGUAAAACAUCUAUUAUUUUGUUUAGUCUAUAUAAUAUGGAAUGCACACACAGAAACGUGAGGAAUUUAUUUUGUAUUUUCAUGAACUUUCUUUAAAACUUAACUCAGUUUUCUAAUGAAGUUCAUGAAAUAUGAUGGAGAGUUUAAAAGCAGCUGCUAAAUGUACGCUUUCCUAAAGAUUGUCUUGUCAACAGCACAGUGUGGUUCGCUUCUCUCAGCAGUUUAAAUUAUCCUUAACAUACUGACUCAGACCUUCACUCCAGAAAUUCAACUCUCAGUGUAGCUUAUAUAAUCUUUGUGUUCUUCAUAAUGACAGGAGCAACCUAUGCAAUCAAAGACGGGACUUUAAUAGUUUGUUGACGACAACGUCAGGCAAAAUAGGAAGUCAUUCAUUUAUUCUCGUCAGAUGAUUUAAAAUAAAGAGACACAGCAACACCAUCUGCAAUAGUUCAAACUGUGGUUUGAGCUCAAACUGUGGUUUGAGCUCGUUCAGCGUGGCAACCUGACAUUAAUUCCCCACCAUGUUUUGGAUCACUUGCACUAUUACAACCAUUAAAACUGCAACGGCUCAGUAGUCGAAUUUAUCACAGCACAAGCAGCCUGGCUUCUGUCACAGUCAUCUGAGGAAUAAAUAGUCCACACUGCUUGUGCCCAGUCUCUGGUAUGUUCAGCUGUCUCGUUCCAGUGGGGCUCAGCCUCCAAACAACACUGAUAUCCAGCUCAGAUGUAAAACAGCGCGAGCCGCACCAGUAAGGUUAGUAUUCGCUGUUGGUUUGUCUCAAAAGCCUGCAGCAAGAAACACCAGCAGGACAGCAGUAAUAAUCAACAUUUGCAUCCUGGAACAUAAAGUAUCUUGCAAAGUUAUUUAUCUAUGUACUGAGUUGAGUGAAAGUGAUAAUUAUAUAAAAACACUGAGGUGAGAGAGAUACAGAUAUGACCUCAAAGGAGGAGCCAAAGUAUCAGACACCACCCACCUGCGAUCUGCUCAGCCUUCUGUUGAAGAACAGACGCCCCACUGGAGCUGUCAACGAGGUUUGGCCCAACCUCCUCAUCGGAGAUGCAGCUGCAGCUCGGGAUAAAACCCUGUUAGCGAAACUGGAAAUAACACACGUGGUGAAUGCUGCAGAUGGCCCCCAGCACAUUGACACCGGGCCAGGUUUCUACGCAGACGCCAGCAUACUGUAUCACGGAGUAGAAGCACCAGACUGUAAAGAUUUUGACUUGAGCCCUUUCUUCAGUGAGACGGCUGAUUUUAUUCAUGGUGCUCUGAGCCAAAAAGGGAAGGUGCUCGUCCACUGCGCUCGGGGAAUCAGCCGCUCGGCAGCUCUUACGCUGGCCUUCCUCAUGAUCAAAGAAAGGCUCACACUGGUGGAGGCUGUGGAGGUUGUGUGCCGGCACAGAAACAUCCUCCCAAAUGUUGGAUUUCUGAACCAGCUCCGUGAGCUGGACUCAUCCCUAUUCACGUAGUAGAGCACAUAACGCCAA